CACUCUCUCCAUUACUGCACUUUCAAAGCUCCCCAACGGCCAUAGCUUCGUUUUCAUCGACAGGGCACUAUAUAUAAAUCAAUUUAUUUUCUCCUUCAAGCAUUAUUAGUUCCUUCUUCGUGUUUUCUGAAUCUGAGGUCUUACAAAUUCAGCGGCAACACAAGGAAAUGCAAAAUAAAACACAAAAUUGUAAGGUCAACUGAAAGGUACGUACAAUUCCAGGAUCGGCCGGAGAAGCAACAAGUAUUUUGAAAAGCAAGAGGAAGUAGAGGCAGUGAAGUCUUCAAAAUAAUGAUAGAACUUCAAAGUAAUCGAACUUGGUAGCUGCAAACAGGGUGAAAUGGUGAGGUAGCAAUAAAAUGUAUUCAUAGGGGAGGCAGUUAACGGAGGAAGGAUUCCUCUUUUGUUAUUCUGGUCCACUGACUUGCUGGAAAUGGCUGCAAACACUAAUCCUGGCUUGCAAAUCCGAGCAACCGAACAAUGCAUUUCCGCAUCUUGCAAUAUUUCAAAUUUGAGCAGUAUAAGUUUCAGUUUUGAAUGUAAAAGAAAAUCUUGUACAGAUUUUAGAGGAUCAUCUUACAUCUCGCUCAGCAAGCCAAUUGAUAGCUCCAAAUUGGCUCCUAUAAAAUUUGAAAAGAUGGUUACAAAAGCUAUGUCUGGAGCACGUGAACAAGUGCCAGUUUCAGGAUUACCUAUCGAUUUGAGAGGUAAGAGGGCAUUUAUUGCAGGCAUAGCAGAUGAUAAUGGGUAUGGAUGGGCAAUAGCAAAGUCUCUUGCAGCUGCAGGGGCUGAAAUUCUUGUUGGUACAUGGGUCCCUGCAUUGAACAUUUUCGAAACCAGUCUGCGGCGGGGGAAGUUUGAUGAUUCACGAGUGUUGCCAGAUGGAUCAUUGAUGGAAAUUACAAAGGUUUACCCUCUGGAUGCAGUUUUUGACAGUCCAGAAGAUGUUCCUGAGGAUGUCAAAACAAACAAACGUUAUGCUGGAUCCUCAAAAUGGACUGUCAAGGAAGUUGCAGAAUGUGUUAAACAAGAUUUUGGCACUAUUGACAUCCUUGUACAUUCACUUGCAAAUGGUCCAGAGGUUAGCAAACCUCUGUCAGAGACAUCAAGAAAAGGAUACCUUGCAGCUGUAUCUGCCUCCAGUUAUUCCUUUAUAUCUCUACUGAGGCAUUUUCUUCCCAUAAUAAAUCCAGGCGGUGCCACAAUCUCUCUAACGUACGUUGCUUCUGAAAGGAUUAUCCCUGGAUAUGGAGGCGGUAUGAGUUCAGCAAAAGCUGCUUUGGAGAGUGACACAAGAGUCCUGGCAUUUGAAGCUGGAAGAAAGCACAAAGUCAGAGUGAACACGAUAUCUGCAGGUCCACUGGGAAGUCGUGCAGCAAAAGCUAUUGGCUUUAUUGACAUGAUGAUAAAUUACUCAUUGGAGAAUGCUCCUUUGCAAAAAGAGUUAUAUGCCGAGGAGGUCGGAAACACUGCUGCUUUUCUGGCAUCUCCUUUGGCUUCAGCAAUUACUGGUGCCACCGUGUAUGUUGACAAUGGUCUGAAUGCAAUGGGAGUUGGAGUUGACAGCCCAGCUUUUUCGGGUCUCAAUAUCCCAACGGAUAAUAAGAGUUAGAGCUGGAGGAAAUGCUAGUAUCGCUUGUGUUAUUUCAGAGAAAUAAAAUAUUCUUUCGAUAAUAGGACACAAAAGUCAGCCUCUUGGUUUUGUUAUCUAUUAUAGAUUCCGCAGAUAGGUCAUUUCAUUUCGAUGAGUGGAUAUCAACUGAUGUGACAUUGCAUUUGUAGGAGGCAAUCUCAGCAUUGGAUAUGGUCCUCUUUAUUUAAUCAUUUUGCCGAUGUGCUAAUUAACUAUUUGCAUUCAAAUUUAAUUCAAGAUGCAUUCAAUGAGUAAAA